AUGGCGGCGCCCAUAGUAAGCUGGUCCGACUCAUUUGAUCCUCAUCGAGAUUUUGAUAAUGUAGAAGCUGCUACUCCUUUGUGUGACAUUCCAAACAAGGUGCUUCUCGAUAUAUCCCGUAAGAUAAAACCAGAGAAUUACUUCGAGACUGGAAGAAAGCUUGGUCUUACAAAGGUAGAGCUUGAACACAUAAAACACCGGACAUUUGCUAACAGGAGGGAAACCAACAUCCAGAUGCUUUCUACAUGGAAAUCAUCACAACCGCCAGGAGAAAAGGCAGUGGAGACUUUGAAACUUGUUUGGGAUUCUGUCCAAUCAGUAACAAAAUCUGACAAUAUCGAAGAAGACGAAGAUACUUCUACGGUUCUCAAACAGGCUGUUGUGGAAAGAGCCAAGCAAAAUGAACUCGAACAAGAACAUUUGAAGAUCAUUGACUUUUCAGAAACGGAUGACCCAAGUGGUUCUUCGUGUAAACAUGGAGAAAUCCUUGAGGAUCUUGAUAAACACGGUGGAAUACCAAGCACAGAAGAACUUCGUAACGUGGCUCGUCAAAUCAAAACAUUACAAACAGCACGUUCACUUGGGAAAGCACUUCGUAUCGAUGACAUUACCAUAGUUAGUUACGUCACUCAGCAAAGUCAUUCAUUACUGCAUGAGACAGCGCAGCAGAUCCUACGAAUGUGGCAUUGCGGCUUACAAGAAGGAGCCAAGGAAGUUGAACUUCAAAAGAUAUUGGUGAAGUACAACAUUUCUGUUGACAAAACAGGAGGUUUCACAGAAAUAGCAAAACUCAUUCGAUCUGAGGCAGAUCUAGUAGGCUUAAUUCAUCAUUUGGAUGUACAACCUACUAGCGUCUUGGAGGUCAUUAAGACAUCUGCAGCUCUUACACCCCACAUGAUUAUUCAUGUUGCCCUAAAAAUGCUGAUUGAAUGGUCCAGGAAAGGUGGAACCAGGGAGAGGCUUCUGGCAAUAGCUCAGGCUUUUCGCUUCCGUGGCGUAGACCUUUUAGUAAAAGGUCUGGCAUGUCAGUCAAGCUAUCAAUAUUUCAUCUCGUAUGGCAUCAUUGAUCAUAAGGGAGGGAAGCUGACCCUCGAUGUACUUGAAAUUGCUUUAUCCAUUCCUAAAGGGGCUAUUCCAAAAGGAAUGCUAUCAACUGUCACCCUUCGCGUAUCAUUUCGAAAUAUUCGUAGACUUCCAAUGCGCGACGACGAAGUACUUAUUACUCCCGUCAUAGAGACUUCUGUCACACAAGAACUUCUCAAGCCGGCAUCGAUAGUACUACCACACUGUAUGGGUUUCACGAACGACGAUUCUACCUUUGUAAUGUACACCAAGACCGGACAAGGAAAAUUUGGUCGCAGAAUACUGACUGGGGACGAUUUGCGAAUCUCAAAAUCUACGAUCGAGUUUUGUACACGUCAUAUUGAAGUUUUGGCUGUGUGUUCAACGGAUCUUCGAGAUCUUCAACUAACAUGCUUGGUCUUCCAGCCUACUAUGAAGUCACCAGCAGACCAUCCAUCUCUACGCGUGUACGUCAUUCAUCCAUAUAAGGCAUAUACCCAGGAUAUUAUCAUGAGGGAGCUGACUUCGUCUGUACCGUACUGCCAAGUCGAGACGGAAUUCAAGUUCUCUAUUGGCUCAAAAUCAAAGCACCUAACGGUUAUUUGUCAUGAAGAGACGAAGCAACAAAACCAAAUGAUACCCCUCAGCGGUGUAUUGAAUGGUCAGUGCAGCCCUGUCGUAUUCACGCUUCAGUUUACCCCAGAAGAAAAUGAGAAGAAGAAUAUUCGCAUUGCAAUAAAGGAAAGAUACGAGCCCAUGUCCGAUAGAGAGUUCAACGUGUCAAUAGAAGAUGAACCGGAUUACACGAUCUAUCGCAGGGUUUCAGAAGGCCGAUGGAGCUGCUUAUCCAACAAUCUUAUCGAAACCCUGGCUGACGUGAUUCUCAUGCAAAGUGAUGCAAAUUCCCUUGGCGGCUAUCUCGGUUUCUCAGAGUCAACCGUAGAGCAAUACCUCGAUCGGUCAGAUUCUUCUUAUAAGAAAUUUUCAAGAUCGGGGUUCGUUGAGAUGCUAAGUGAUUGGAGACGAAGAGUCCGACCUAGUGAGCAGGUAAAGGAGCUUCAUCGAGCCCUGAAAGAUGCUGGUCUGACAUAUGUAACAGACACUAUCCUGCAUGGAGAUGUCGGUGUCAGCAAUGUUACUUCAACAAGCGCCCAUAAGGAAGAAUUUAACACUCCUGAAAGCAGAGAGGAAUCGGGUGGUAUUCCUAAAAUAAUUUGUCUAGAGAAACAUGGCAUUGAAGUACGAAUCCCACCAAGCGAUACUUAUAGCUCAUCGGAUAUAACAGUCGAAGUGAUCGAUGAUGUCCCGCCCGAGUUGAAGAUCAAAGAAACAGAAGCAAUCAUUACAUACGGCUUGAAGGUGAAGGCGCCUUCUAAUGCGAUCUUUGAACAUCCCAUUCAAGUGACGAUGCCUCACUCGGGCAUAUUCACAAAACCAAAGAAUGUGGAAAUCAUUUCAUACUAUCGGAAAACAGCUUCUGAAGAGUUUGUUGCAAUACAUCCUAUCAGAGGCACUAGUCACUGGUGUGUGGUAAGACAGAGGGACCUCGAUAUCUUCUUCAAACACUUCUGCGAAUAUUGGUUCGUGGCUGUCUACAACAUGUACACGAGGUUCAAGGAAAUUUUCAUUGGAAAGCGCCUUGUCUGUACGCCGUAUGUUCCCUUGCCGCCAUUUCAGAGCGGGAAGCGUGUUCUGUUUGUCAACGUAAGAGAUGCAAACACGCAUGAAGAAAAGCUCUCGAGUCGACAUACAGCUCCGCGCAGAGGGGAGGAAUUCCUGUUUAAGUGGGGAUCUGGCCCUAUGAAGAUUACUUGUCCAGAAAGCACCAGGGGAAACUCUCCAAAGAUAAUCGAGGAAAGCGAAAUACGCUACUUGAGAGACCGUAAUCCCGACUUUAAAGUUGACACAACAAAUAUCCAAGAUGCUGUGAUGAUAGUCACUUUUGUCUUCAAACAAAGCACAACAAAUGAACUUAUGGUUCCGAUGCAGAUAACUGAAAAACCAGGUACAUCACAGAGAUAUCAUGAUUCUACACCCGAUUGUUCAUCUUCCACAUCAGCCGUAGAUCCAUCUCAACAAGGGAACCUUGCUCUUGUACCAUCGCCAUCGAGUUCAGUAGGCGUUCAAACCGCCAGAACAAGUUCCUCUCAGGUAAAUAUGCCGGGAUAUUCACUGAAUGAUGCUAUUUUGCUUAAGCUGUCCAAGGAAAUUAAUUGCACGAUUUAUCCAGUCAGUGAAUUUGCUGUAGACUUGGGCUUUGAUGAUGUUACCGCUACUGCUGCAAUGCAAAUGUCACGUCAAGAUGCGGAUCCGCAGAAGGGAUACAAGAUUAUUCUUGACAAGUUUGUCAUGAAGUAUGGGCGAGGUCCACAGAAACUCAUAGAUAUAUUUAUACUUAAGGAAAAGCAACUCCUUGUAGACAUUAUAAAUGAAGGUUAGCUGUAAGAUUAGCAGCUGGAGUUAAACAAAUCUUUUCUUAUAAAGUUUGAUUUUAAGAAAAAUCCAAAAUCCUGGAUUCCCUAACACUGCGAAUCUUUCAGUCUUCCCUUUCUCAUAUUAUUUUUAUUUUAGAAUACAGGACGGUUGCAGCACCUUCUUGAUUAUACAUCGAUUUUGUUUUUGUAUAAACAAUUUUUUUCGUGCAUUUAGUUGGCUAAGAUAAGACACAAUUAUAUACAACACCCUUUGAUGUGAUUUUAUGACAGUCAAGUUAUUUGUUUUUUAAAUCCCAGCAUAGCCCAUCUUCUCCUUUUGCAUUGUUUUGUUGUGGUGCAAAUAAUUCCUUGGAACACUAUUUGCAACUACGGAAAAGCACACGUGAAACAUGACCUCAAGUUCCUAACCUAAAGAGUCCUAACAUGAGGUGAUAUUUUCAUACAAAAAAAAAAACCAUCCAAAGAAAGUUAUGCGUGCUUUGUUUAUGCAGGCAUACCUGUGCUCUAUGUGAAUUGCCAUUCGCUAAUGACUCCAAGUAAACCUUUUUCAAUAACUAAAACUCACGGUUAACCCUAAAACGAAUGGGGGGCAUGAUGCCCCCUCCCCCUCGACAUUUCGCGCGAUAUUUCCAAAACGCAAGGAAAUAGCGCUUUUUUUUGUUCUCGCGCAACUUUUGAGACCGAAUUCGCAACAUAGGGUAUAGUAUCGUGACGCCACGUGACUUUUUACAAGACAUUGUCAUGCCGAAAAUUGCUAAUUUUUUUUUUACUUUGUGUGCAAAGUCUAUGGGAGAUGGAAUUCAUAAAAGGGAGAUUAUUUUUCAUUAUAGUUCAGUUGGUUAAUGGUCUGUAAUAAUUUCCAUUGAAAAAAAAAAAAAAGAAACGAUGAAAAAAACAGGGAGAAAUACAUAAGGAAAAAACCUUUAAAUUAGAUUACAAAGAUGACAUCUGGU